GUGUCAGGAAGGGGUCCGCUCCAAGUCGCUCGGAGUGAUCUUUCGUCACCGGUUUCUCCUCACGAAACUUGGAUGUUGCUGCAAUCAUUGCUGACCAGGGUGAACGGAACUCGUAGCUCUAUACGGAGGAUCAGAGAUUGGAUGUAUCGCUUGACAUCGAAUGAAAGAAGAGUGCUCCUGCUCUGCGCGGCUGAUUUCAAGGGAAGGAUACGCCGUUCGAUGGUUCCUGUCAUCGUUACCAUUUUUUACACAACUGUCAAAGGCGCCGUCAAACAAAGCGAAGAAAUCGCUUGGUCCUACCUGCAGGGAAUUAUCUCUCGCAUGACACUUGCUUUCCGGAUCCAAGUCUGCCAUUAUAUAACCUCCUAUCGCAAGCUUGGAUAUUUCCGCGCCUAUAAUUUGGGUCCGACGAGAAACUGUCUUAAUGAUAAUUACUUGAGGGUGUGCAACGAUCUAUUGAGUGAUUUCCCCCAGUUUCUUUGGCAUGACCUGUACUUGUCGCUCACCGAACGUUUGAAGAUCACUCAGGAACGACGUAGGAGCUUCCUCAACACGCCGAUGGAAUCGCGGGUCCCCGAAACGAUUAGCGAGAGAUACAUCGACGACAGGGAAUUCGACGAGUUUUCCUUCACCUGAUCUUGCUUGUAUGCUCUGUUGUUGAGACUAAUUAUUCGGCGGAAAGAUCCAAAUGAAAUACGUUGUGAUGAUGAAUAUCACCGACAACCCCGGGAAAGGAAUCGCGAUUCGUCGAAUUGAUCUUAACAACAACUUUUACUACCCGGGGCGUCGCGAAAUUAAAAAUUUUAAUCCUCGCUCUCUCAUACCGAACGAUGACGAACAUUCAUUCAUCAAUAAAUAAGUAGGA